UCUGUGCCUGCCGACGCACCUCUUCUACGCAACCCCCUACAAGAGGAGCUUUUAGAGGAAGGAAAACGUGGAAUAGUUGGAAAGACGAACACAUCUGGACAAUACAGUAAUUUGGAUAAAAGGUGCAUCUCCAGCUUUCAUUGCGGAUUUAUUUUCAGGACAGGAAGCUUUAGUACCACGGAGCGUCCUGUGAGUGCUUUCAAGUUAACAGUUAAUAGCGCGCAAAACUUUAACAUUUUGCAACUUUAAUUCUCCUGAUUUUAGUAUUUUUUGCUGACACACUACGACCUUACAGAAGGAAACUAUACAUUGGAGAACAUAUAAGUAAAUUAGAAGAUCGGUUUUCAUUUUCCCCUUCAAACAUUUCGGAGGUGAUGUCAUCGUGCUGUUUUUUGGCUGUUUUUGUGUCGAGAGGGCGCGAGGAGGAACGCUGCAGCCGGGCGCAAACCAUCGGCUGAGGCGAGUGGGGGAAGUCCGGAAAAUCAGGUGCAAAGUGCGGCUGUCAUUUCCUCGCGGUGUCGCGGGUGGCUGAGUCCGCCACCCAGUCACAGCUGUUCCCAUCCUCUUCAGCCACCCCUCCCUCGUAUCCUGGGCUUUCUCUGCCCUUUAUUCUCCCCUCCCAUUCUUUUUGAGAACGCUGGAGCUGGACCGCUGCGGGACCAACAAGUCUCCUCUGCCCCACUGUAGGUGUCACCUGACGAACAGAACCGUAGAGUCAGCGUGGAGACGCAGUCAUGACCGGGGAUCCCGCGCCUUCAGAGCCCCCGUCUUGUGCUCAUCGGAUCGUUCAAAAGUCAGCUUUGAUACCACAUCUUGCAUCAACCGAGUUGUAUGUGGACUAAAGUUUCUUAUUAUUUUGAGACACUACUUGCAGCCACUAACAUUGGAACAUUGGAUUACGCACAAGUUUACGCACGGACUUUACCUGCUUACAGGUUUGAAAAUCAUUCUGAGAGAUCAGCUGGAGCUGGUUACAUGUAAAACGUGAGCGCGCUUUCACCUGUUCCUUUCCAACUCGGGAACGCGCAGUGUUUAAAAGCCAUAACCUUCCCCCUUUGCUCCCCCUCCCACCCGUCUCCCCUGCUCUGCCCUGGACAGCUGUUAAAGGUUGCCGGUCGGUCACGGUGGCACGCGUUCACCCCAGCCAGCCUUAAACAGGAUCACGUCUUAGGAUCACGCCGGUUGAACCGGGUCACGUUGCCGCCGAUGCUCAGUGACUCUUUGACUUUGCGGAUUCCAGACACAGACCGUCGGACUGGCUCAAGCCGAGCGAGGAGACUCUCUGUGGGCCAAAGUCCAUAGUGGAGGGGGGAAGCAAUGUGGCCCCUUCUUUCCAUGCUGACCGUCUUAUGUAUCCAGAUGUUGCUGGUGAUGUGCAAUCCUUUACAGCAAGUCCUUGGUGUGGAUGGAGUGAACUUCAGCGUGCAUGUAGAGAACCAGACACAGGUGCGAGACACCAUGAGUCGCAAACAUCACCGAGUCUACCAGCUCUACAGCCGCACCAGUGGCAAACAUGUGCAAGUGAUUGGCCGCAGAAUCAGCGCCCGCGGAGAGGAUGGGGACAAAUAUGCCCAGCUUGUAGUGGAGGCCGACACCUUUGGUAGCCAGGUGAGAAUCCGAGGCAAAGAAACAAAUUUCUACCUGUGUAUGAACCGACGAGGGAAGUUGGUGGGAAAGAAGGCCAGUAAUCGUAGUGCUGACUGCGUCUUUGUGGAAAAGGUGCUUGAAAACCACUACACUGCUCUGAUGUCAGCACGCUACACUGGUUGGUACGUUGGCUUCACAAAACGGGGCCGUCCACGCCGUGGAAAUCUCACACUUCCCAACCAGCAGGAGGUGCACUUCAUGAAGCGGUUCCCCCCAGGGGAGCAGCCUGACCUGACCACUCCGUUCCGCUUCACCACCAUCAGCAAACGAAGUAAGAGAGUCCGCGCUACAGGGCCUCGCUAGCAGCAGGACUCGAGCACCCCAAAGAUGUGCUCAUCUCUUUUGCAGAGGCCUCCCUUUGCUGGGACAAACAUUGACUACAAUUGAAUCAUACGGGGUAUAGCUUCACACCUAUUAUUUUGCCACUACAACCGCUGAAU